UCUUUGUGCAAACUGGUGUGCCUGCGUGAAAUGACAUCAGCUGGACUGUCAACCUGAAGGUGAUCCUGGCUGACUGUACCUCCAUCUGUAACCACACUGCUCACAACCAUAGUCACAUAAAGGAUUAGACAUCAAACCUUUCAGCAGCACCUGACAACCAUUUCACUGUGCUUUAGCUCAACGACUGAUCUUGAUUCUUAUACCAGACCCUCUGCCUCCAUCUAAUCCUUAUAGUUUGUCUAGUUACCUUUCAAGUAUUAUUAGUCCUCAAGAUGUCCACCCAGCGAACCCCCUCCCACCACGAGCAGGCCUACGCCUCCUUGACCAGAGGCCUGAAAGAGUUGGACAUUCGUGGCUCCAGUGUUCCCUGCAACUUGGUCCUGAUUGGAGACGAUGCCUUCCCUCUAGCCAUGAACACCCAAGGCCAGGUCUUGAUGGCUGCCUCCCUGUAUGGCAGUGGACGCAUUGUGGUCCUGGGGCAUGAAAGCUACCUGACCACCUUCCCUGCCCUGGUAGAAAACGCCCUGAUCUGGCUGAGAGGGGACAAAUCUGAUAACCUGUCUGUGGCGGUCCACCAGCGUGCCAAGGCAGUGGCAGAUAACCUCAGCAGAUCAAGCUUCCAAGCUACUGUGGUGGGAAAGUUUCAUGAUAAUCUGGGUGUUGGAGUGUAUGUGACAGAUGCCUACAGUGUGGAAGCUGAUGGGAGAGACCUGGUGGCAUAUCUGAAGGCUGGAGGAGGACUGCUGAUAGCUGGGCAGGCAUGGCACUGGGCUCAUGAGCACCCUAAGGAGAACACCCUCCUUUACUUUCCAGGGAAUAAAGCCUCCAGUGUGGCAGGGAUCUACUUCUCUGAGCAUUGUGGGGAAGUGGAGUGGCUGCCAGUCUACCCUCAGAUCCCAGCCUCAUGGCAGAGUGUAGCAAUUGGUAAGGAUUUUGAGGACGACCUCCAGUUCCUUCUCCAGGGUGUGUCAGAAUUUCACUUCAAAGGUGGGAUACCCUCUGAGGUGCUGGUCCAUGGCCCACUGGCCUUCCCUAUUGGCAGCAAUGAGUGGGGACAGGCUUUCUUGGCAGGAGCGUACUAUGGACGGGGUCGGGUCAUUGUGGUCACACAUGAAGGAGCCCUGGGGCAUCAGGAGAUGGCUCCAUUUUUGACAAAUGCUAUUUGCUGGUUGGAUGAGGGUCGGAAUGGAGUAGUCGGUGUUGUCCCAUCACUCGGUCAUCCUUUCAACCUGCUGAGCAACCUGGGAUUGCGCUGUGAGAAGACAAACUUCAGGAAAGACCUGAAUGUGUUUGUGUGUACAGCAUACAGCGAUGAUCAUGCACAGGAGAUCCAGGAGUUUGUGGCAGAAGGAGGAGGCCUUCUGAUUGGUGGGCACGCCUGGUACUGGGCACAGACACACCAUGGGCAAAACCCACUUACAGACUUUGCAGGGAACCACAUCCUCAACAAGAUGGGCUUGAGCCUGCUGGGAGAGACACUGGCAUCAGGUUCCUACAAGGCUCCUGUCCAUAGCCAGGCCGUUAAAGACAACUACCACUUUCGCCACUUACUACACCGCUUUGCUGGUCAUGUUGUCAAAGGGGAGGCACUUACCAAGAAUGAGGAGUCGCUUCUUAAAAAGCUGGGCUCGGACUGCGCCAACUAUCUGCACAUGAAGGCUCAUGACUGCUGCUCCUACACACAGGUGGUGUCUACUCUUACGGACAUCUUGAAGAAGUCGGGCAUGCCGCAGGUGUGUGAGAGCUGCCCUGUGCGCACCCCUGAGGACCACCUGCUCCUCAGUGUGGGGUCAGAGGUCUACAAGGCGUGCCCAGACCCUGAUGCCCUCCUGCCCUACCUCAUCAAGAAUAAUCCUGUGAUGCCUGUUGUCUACAACUAUAGGAUCAAGAUUAAUGUCAAGACAGGAGGAGCCGAGGAGUGGCUAUGUACAGGUCUUUACCUCGCUCCUGGUAUGAGGACCUACAUGGCCAUGCCAGCGGCGAUUGUCAACAAGGGUUGGAAGGUCCAGAUCGGCUGUCAGACGGACUAUCUGAAGCAUGAUGAGUUGAAGAGAGCACCAUGUGUCCACGAGCACUUCCCUGUUACCUCAGAGAUGAUGCAGGUGUGGAACCUGUGGGGGGGGCUCAUCUACCUGGUGGCCCCACCCAAUACACAGCUGGAGGGCCCAGAGGUCAUUGUGCAAAUCGCCAUACCUGCACCAUAUUACAAGUCUGGUGUGACGACAGCAGCUGAUUGGUCACUGCUGCGCACAGCCCCGGCACCCUGGGCAGAGCUGGAGUUUGACAACAUCAUCAUUACCGUACCAUCAAAUGUUGUUCGGGGCCUGGAGCGUCCCAACGAGGUGGCGGCAGUCUGGGAUGACAUCAUGAGGGGUGUCGCUGACCUGGCUGCCAUCCCACACAAGUUCCCCCGCAAGGAACGCUUUGUGGCAGAUGUGCAGAUUUCCUAUGGUUGGAUGCAUGCAGGCUAUCCUAUCAUGAUGUAUUCAUCUGUAGCAGAUAGCUUGGUCAACCCUGAAAAAAUCAGACAUGCAGACAUGUGGGGUCCCAUCCAUGAGCUGGGGCACAACCAGCAGAGAGGAUGCUGGGAAUUCCCACCACACACCACAGAGUGUACAUGCAACCUAUGGUCAGUGUACGUGCAUGAAGAGGUGCUGGGGAUCAACAGGGCAAAGGCACACCCUAAUAUGACCACCAAUGCUAGGAAGAGUCGCACAGAGGAGUAUGUGAAGGGCGGCAGGUGUCUGGACAAGUGGAGCGUGUGGGUGGCCCUGGAGACGUACAUGCAGCUCCAGGAGAGGUUUGGCUGGGAUGCUUUUAAGAAGGUCUUCGCUGCUUACCACAAGAUGACCAACACUCCCAGUGACAACCCAGGAAAAAUGAACCUGUACGCCCAGACUUUCUCUGAGACCGUAGGGAUGAACCUGACUGGGUUCUUCAAGGCCUGGGGCUGGCCAAUUGAUGCAGCCACUCAGAAGAAGCUGUCCAGCCUGCCUGCCUGGACUGACCACCCCAUGGUCCAGUACGGCUGAACUGUGCCAAUUACGACUGAUAGAGCUAGACCAGAAUCAAGAAAGCUCUCAAAGCAAGUCGAUUUACAUCAGAAGUUAGAGAAAUUGUUGUUUGGGAAAAAAGGUUUUAAUUCUUAUUAACUGGUUGAAUAACUAUCUGAAGGAUAUUUUGUGCAAUACAGCAGCAUAUCCCUAAGACUGCAAUGUUCCUGUCCAGGCAGGAAUGCAAUAGAUACACACAUAUCUCUGUAUGGUGUUGGAAAGAGCCCCAUGACUAUGCACUUUGUUCCUUAUUUUCUUAUCUGGAACCUUACUACCAUUUUAUGCAGUUAGGUUGAAUAUUGCUUUUGAAUUUUUGGUGGUAAAGGUAAGCCAACCGGUUAUUAAUGUUCUGUUAAGGGGGAGAAAAACAGAAUACUGGAAUUUUAUUUUUGUUAAAACUUUCUCCCAGACCACUGGGAUUAACCGGACUAAAUUCAUCAAGGCCUGGGGCCGGCUCAUUGAAGCAGCCACUGAGGAGAAAGCCUCCAGCCAGCAUCCCUGGAGUGACCACCCCAUCAUCCAGUAGGCCUGAAAUGAAAGAGAAUCGAAGAAAAAGAUGGGUUGAGAGAAACAUAGGUACUUGUAAGCCAAGGGGAUAUAUGGGGAGAGGGGUCUCUGGUGACAGGAAAUCUUAGACCUUAACAUGAACUUUAGCAAAACUUUAAAUGUGUGAUGAGAAGUUAUUUUCACUCUCUUGGCUGGGUGAUGCACACCGAUGUUUGACAUGGAAUGAUAAGUGAAGCAUACAAUUAAGUAAUUAGUUUUUUUUUUAUUAAUUUUGGGUUGACAGUUUUGCUUUUCAUCAUAUCAAAAGAUCACAUACCUUUCACAUACAUCACAUACUCUCAUUGAAAUAAAAUGUA